CGACGUCGGGGUCAAUGAAAACAAACGGGGAGCCCGGGGGGAAGGAAGGCGGGCGAGGAGGAGGGAGCGCCGGGGCACGGGAGGGAACAGCCGUGUGGUGGAAGCGCGAGCGGGAGGCCGGUUGCGGUCGUGAUCUUGCCGCCGCCGCCGCCGCGGCUCGCCCGGGGAUGUCUGAGCCCGCGCCUCGCGGCCCUCGAGCUCCACGCGGCGGCCGCCGUCCCGGCCUCUAAGGGCCGCCACGUCCCGGCGGCGCGCGCAGGCUGAGGGCGGCUCGGUGCCGGCGGGGUUGCCCGGGGAGGGCCCGGGCGGGCCGGGAGGGGCUGCCCAAGCUCCGCGCCUACCCCAGCACCGCGGCCGGCGCCCGGCCAGGAGGAUGCGCGGCGCCGGGCUCUGAAGCAUGGAGGGGGUUCUGUACAAGUGGACCAACUAUCUCACAGGUUGGCAGCCACGUUGGUUUGUUUUAGAUAAUGGAAUCUUGUCCUACUAUGAUUCACAAGAUGAUGUUUGCAAAGGGAGCAAAGGAAGUAUAAAGAUGGCAGUUUGUGAAAUUAAAGUCCAUUCAGCAGACAACACAAGAAUGGAAUUAAUCAUUCCAGGAGAGCAGCAUUUCUACAUGAAGGCAGUGAAUGCAGCUGAAAGACAGAGGUGGCUGGUUGCUCUGGGGAGCUCUAAAGCUUGUUUGACUGAUACUAGGACUAAAAAAGAAAAAGAGAUAAGUGAAACCAGUGAAUCUCUGAAAACCAAAAUGUCUGAACUUCGUCUCUACUGUGACCUCCUAAUGCAGCAAGUUCAUACUAUCCAAGAAUUUGUUCACCAUGAUGAGAAUCAUUCAUCUCCCAGUGUAGAGAACAUGAAUGAAGCCUCUUCUCUGCUUAGUGCCACAUGUAAUACAUUCAUCACAACGCUUGAGGAAUGUGUGAAGAUAGCGAAUGCCAAGUUUAAACCUGAGAUGUUUCAGCUGUCCCAUCCGGAUCCCUUGGUUUCCCCUGUGUCGCCUUCUCCUGUUCAAAUGAUGAAGCGUUCUGUCAGCCACCCUGGUUCUUGCAGUUCAGAGAGGAAUAGCCACUCUGUAAAAGAACCAAUAUCUACACUUCACCGACUCUCCCAGCGACGCCGAAGAACCUACUCAGAUACAGACUCUUGUAAUGAUACUCCUCUUGAAGACCCAGACAGACCUGUUCACUGUUCAAGAAAUACACUUAAUGGAGAUUUGGCGUCAGCAACCAUUCCUGAGGAAAGCAGACUUAUGGCCAAAAAAAAAUCUGAAUCGGAAGAUCCUCUUCCAUCCUUCUCUUCCUGAGGAAAUGGAAGUGUCCAACUUCCUCUAAGUAUUGCUAUGCAAAAGCUGCUGUAAUUAAACUAUGUUCUAGGGAGUAGUUUUUCCCUUAGGAUUUCUCUGCACUUUAUAGAAUACUGUAAAACAAACAAACAAAAAAAACAACCCACAUACCUUUGAAGUGUAUUUUAUCUUUAUAUAGUUUAUUUGCAAGAGUAUUUUCCUAAUAACUUCACAGUAUGAAUGUGCAUCUUUUUUUUUUUUUUUUAAACAAAUGAUGGUGUAACAUUUUGACAUCCAUAAGGACAAAUGUAGAUAUUUUUCUAAAAAACUGUGAGGGACUGACAGCUUAGUCAGGGUGUAUUGUAGCUUAUAAACAUGAAAUCUUAAAAACAUAAGGUUUCAGUUUGACAGACGUGUGAUAUAUGUAACUUGUGCCAUGGACCAAAUGGUCACUUUACCCCAGCUAAAAAUGAGUUACGAUAGCAGCUUGAUGGUGAUUCUAUUGUAUUCUUUUAAGCAAAAGGAGACAUUUAAUAUUCCAAAUAUUUUUAGCCCAAAUACCGUGACACAUUGAGGAUUUUUUAAAAACCAGACUGUGCUGUCCUUCAUAUGUGAAGUUGACACUACUGAUUUGUCAGUACCAAAUGUUGGGUUAAAGUAUUUAACUUUUAUUUAUUUAUUUUUCUGUUGCAUCAAAAAAUGAUUGCAUCCUGACUUUUAUGACCUACCAAAUUUAAGAUGUGUAUACAUUUGUUAUUUACAUUGCUCUAGAAAAGAGGUUAAUGUUGUAGUGACCUUGCUCACUUACACCAGAGAAAUAAACGCCUUUCAAUGGAAGAGGAUUUUAGUGCUUUUUUCCUAAAAUAGACAUUAAGCUGCUGUUGUAAGGUAUUAAUGUUUGCAGCUCUUUAGACUAUCUAGAGACAUUUUUUAUUUAUGACUAUUUAUACAAAAAAGGAAUUCUGUCAAAGUGACCACUCUACAUCACUUGAGAAUGGCAUUAUUUAAUUAAAGAACAAAUAGCAUUUUUUGGUAGUGCCUGUCCAUACCUAUUGUCAGUGUUUGCCUUGUAAACUGUUUUUUUAAAAAAAUUCACUUUGGAGUGAUGGUUUUGUCCAAGGUCUUGGAUGAGGAGCACUUUAAAACAAACUGGUUUGGUGUUUUUAAGUUAAUCACAUGUUUAAUAAAUAUAUGGUUUUUGCAUUCAAACGUA